GGCUUUAUCUCUCACCCGGCUCCGCCCGCCGCCGGCUGUCUCCCGUGACCGCACCGCACCGGCGGGCGCAGCGCCGGCCAGGGCAGCGCCCAUGGGCUGCGGCAACUCCACGGCCGGCGGCGCGGGCGGGCGAGGUGCUACAGGGACUACAAAAGAUGUAGCAGAAGAAUCCAUAUCAGAUGAUGACAAAAGGAGGAACUAUGGUGGGGUCUACGUGGGCCUGCCGUCGGACGCAGCUGCCAUGGCUCCCAGUCAGACGAAAGCUGCACCCAAAGUAUUUUAACCACCUUUGUCUUUUGUUUUCUAAUUAAGAUUAGAAGGAAAUAAAGACAUCAAGAUGCAAACAGCUGGAGUCUACUAAGACCAGUUGCCAGUGCUUUAGAGAGAGAUGUCUUUGUGCUGAAGAAUUUGAUAUUUACACAGCCUUCUGGAGAGCAAGAGAGAUCAGAACACCAAAAAAUCCAAACUGUUGCAAGUUCCAACUACGGGUAAAGCUUCAAGUACAGCGUUGAAUCAGUUUCCUAUGAUAGUUGCAUUAUGGAAACCUCCUGCUGUUCUCCCGUGAAAGAUGAAAUUAGUGAACUCAUGGUGGAUGUUUCUGCACAAGAGCUAACUUUGAUGAUCUGCAACUUAUUUCUCUGUGGCCAUAUUGCAGACUCCAUUAGCUAUCAGCUACGCUUCAUAUAUUUUUCUCCAACAAUUUUUGAUAGAUUUUAUAUAGAAAACCAUCACUACUGUCCACUCAAUAGUUUCUAUGAAAUCUGCUACUUGGGUUAUCAACGAUUUCAGGCUUCCAGCUCCUGAAGACAAACAUGCAUCUCAUUCUUGACCGUCGACCUCAAACGGAGAUGAAAUAAGCUUGAAGAUUAAGAUGUGGUGUUAAAAUAUCUCGCAGUAUGAAUGAAAGUCUGUAGAUUCUAUCUGCAGAGUCUUGCUCUAGCAAGACAGGCUGGUGAGGACUCAAGUAGCACUGAGUGAUAAACACUCAGGCUUUCUUCCUAUCUGCUUACCAUAGCAUGAGGGUAUAAUUUUCACUUCACAUGUUCCACAAAUGGCCUAAAUGGUUUGCAUAGCACAAGUCUAUUUAGUACAAAGCAGUUAGGCCCAUGCCUGACCUGAUCAUGAUUGUCUUUUCCAAAGCAGAAAAAGCACCAGUCGUCCCAAGAUAUAUCAGCGUUCAGCUUGUGCUCAGAAAGCCAACAGCAGAUGCCAGUAAUCAACCCAGUUGUUUACCCACUUCUUCAGUUGCUGGGAAGAAUCAUCAAAAAGGUGGACAGGGCUAAACUCAAACAUCACUUGUUCUGCUACUGACAUUUGAAGCCCCAUGUGUGGGCGGAGGGAGGAAAGAGGUGAUUGCUGAUGAACAGCUCCUUGCAGCUGGUGGUGGGACAGUUGCAAAAGGGUACUUUCCUUGGUUUACAGCAUUGCUUGUUUUUCCUGUGCAGAGCUACAGAGAAGCUUGGAGCACUUUGCAGAAUUGGUCUUUUAAUGUUUCAUCCUCUGAAUGUGUGGGAGGUACAGUGGUUUCUUAAUAUUUUUGUUCCUCUGCCUCAUUUAAUCUCAAAACUUUACUGACCAACUGACAAAUGUUCACCAUCAUGGACUGCAGCCUCUAAAAUAGACAUAUAUUCAUCUAUGCUAUGCAGGCCUGUACCCACCAAACUGAAGAGCUAGGGCCAUGCCCUUGUCUUCAAUUUGCACUCUCGUCUUUUGUUUUCCCAAGGAUCCACGAAUCUAGAAACUGUGUGACAGGACUCUGUAUUCUAUCUUGGCCAAAUUCCACUUAGGGAACUGAUUUGCUGCUCAUGAAAAUUCCUCUAUGGUGAGCAGCCUUUGUUAAUAAAAGCACAUCACAUUUCAUGGAGAAAUGAGUGUAUCUGCUCUUUCAAAACUUACAAUCUAUGGAUAUUUCUGUUAGGAGAAGGAACAGAAAAGAAACCCUAUAUGCCAGCUGCCAGCUGUGCAUGUGACGGCAUCCUUGGAGAAUAUUUAGGCACUCAAAUGAUGGUUCAAUGGGAGAACUGAGAACUGAAUACAGGGAGCCAUUGAAUGACAGAGUUAUUAUUAAGAAAUAUACUUUGGUUUUGUUAAAACAUCUUGAAUUACCAUUUGUGAAAAAUAAACAUUUAAAUGUUGGGGCUGUAA